UGAAGACACUAGAUAACAGCAGUCUUAUCUAACGAAAUAAGUCCUCCAAAGACAAAGCAUCAGAAUGUUUCAAUUAAGUGGGGAAAAUGAGAAGAGUCUUGACGUUUCAGAAAGUGUAAGAAGGCCUGGAGUGUGGAAAGAGAUUUCUUUUGGGGAUUACAUUUGUCACACAUUUCAGGGAGACUGCUGGGCUGAUCGAUCCCCACUUCAUGAAGCUGCGGCCCAGGGGCGCUUGCUAGCCCUUAAGACUUUAAUUGCACAGGGUAUCAAUGUGAACCUUGUGACAAUUAACCGGGUCUCUUCUCUCCAUGAGGCGUGCCUUGGAGGUCAUGUAGCCUGUGCUAAAGCCUUACUGGAAAAUGGUGCACAGGUCAAUGGAGUGACGGUUCACGGAGCCACACCCCUGUUUAAUGCUUGCUGCAGCGGCAGUGCUGCAUGUGUGAACGUGCUGCUGGAAUUCGGAGCCAAGGCCCAACUGGAGGCGCACCUGGCUUCCCCUAUCCACGAGGCAGUAAAGAGAGGUCAUAGAGAGUGCAUGGAGAUUCUGCUGGCGAAUAAUGUGAACAUUGACCAAGAAGUGCCUCAGCUCGGAACUCCCUUAUUUGUGGCCUGCACCCACCAAAGGGUUGAUUGUGUGAAGAAACUUCUAGAAUUAGGAGCCAGUGUUGACCACGGCCAAGGUCUGGACACCCCGCUCCACGCUGCAGUGAAGCAGUCCAGUGUGGAAGUCAUCCACCUGCUGAUAGACUAUGGUGCUAACCUGAAGUGCAGAAAUGCUCAGGGCAAAAGUGCGCUUGAUCUGGCGGCCCCAAAAAGCAGCGUGGAGCAGGCACUCCUGCUCUGGGAAGGCCCGCCUGCUCUUUCUCAGCUCUGCCGCCUCUGUGUCCGGAAGUGCUUGGGUCGAGCAUGUCAUCAGAGCAUCCACAAGCUACCUCUGCCGGAGCCACUGCAAAGAUUCCUUCUCUACCAGUAGUCCCAGCUGUCCAUGGAAGGUCUUGGAAAUAAUCAGAUCAUUGCCUGCUAUACGCAGGGUAGCUAGUGUAGAUGCUCAACAGCUAGACUCUCAGUAUCUUCAAAUGAGAUAAGCCAGUUAGAUCAAGUCCCUGAUGAAUGGGAAACACUUAGGGAGUGGAAACCUUUUGUUAGUUUAAUAUUCUCAUUAACCAAGGGGCAACCAGAAACCUUUCAUUUUUAGCUCUUGUUGUUAAGUAACUUAAAAAAAACUGUGAAGCAGAAUGAGAAUAAGAAGCUAUUUUUGAAGGCUCAUGAUCUUCAAUUAUGGUGAGGGUCAACAUUCUCAGUAUCGUGCAGACACACAAAAAUCUGAGUGAAAAAGAUUGUGAUGGAUGUGAGUAUUCCAAGGUGCAUUCCUCCUGAUUUAGCUCCUCCCUCUCUCCCUCUUUCCCUCUUUCUUUCCCUCUAUGAAUAAAUCUCUGCUAUAGUUUUGAUUACCU